AGCCUACACACACGACGCCGUCCAGAAGCACGUCGCUCGCGCACUGAUCAAUAAAGCAGCAGCAGCAGCAGCAGCAGCAGCAGCAGCAGUGAGUUUUCCUACCUACGUGUGUGUAUAAUCUAAAAAGCUCCGCGAGGACGAGAAGUUUUGAAGGAGACGAGAGUUGAGAGAAGCUCGCGCGUGUGUCUGUGUCUAGUAAAUGGAGGCUCGUUUCGGGCCAGUUGGAUCUGGAUGAUCCCAGUGGUUGUAGUCGGUAGUUCAGGACUCGACGGCCGAAGGAUCAAGUGCGCUACGGAAGAGACAAUCGUCGGUCAUGAGGUCCGCAAAGCUCUGGCUCUGGCUGAUACUCGCUGGGACUACCAGCCUGGCCCAGCCCGAUAAUCCAGUAAUCGACGUCAAGACCGUCAGGUCAUGGUGCGACAAGAUGAGCUACGAGAUGACGCAUUUCGCGAGGGUCGUGACGAACGUCGACAAGUUGCAGUACUCCGACGUCGAGAUCAGCCCCAUCGUGGGCAUCAAACUCGUCGCCCAGAUAGCCCAGAACAUCGAGGGGAUGAUGAACUCGAAAGUCGACGCCAUAAAGCGCGUGAUGGACGUGGCCGAGUCGUCGGCGUUGACGGCCUCGACGUCGGAAGCACCACCGGAGCCUCCGGACGACAAGUACUUCUACCGCGACGCCAAGAACUACACGCACUUCAACACGAGCUUGAGCGAGCACUUUGGCGGUGACGUCAACCUCAACUUCUCCGCGGUACACGUACCCACGACUGUCUACGGUCGGGCCAAGGAGGUGCUGAGGGCCAUCAGGUGGUCCGAGGAGCUCGACAACACCUUCAAGAACAACUACCUUCAGGACCCAUCGUUGUCGUGGCAGUACUUUGGCAGCUCGACGGGGUUUAUGAGACAGUACCCGGCGAUCAACUGGAAGCCGAACGGCAGCGACCCACACGAUCCGGAUCUCUUCGAUUGCCGGACCAGGAGCUGGUACAUCGAGGCGGCGACAAGCCCCAAGGAUGUUCUAAUUUUGGUUGACACUUCUGGCAGUAUGACCGGUAUGAGGAAGGAGAUCGCCAGGCACGUGGUGAACAACAUCCUCGACACGCUUGGCAACAACGACUACGUCAACAUCGUCAAGUUCUCCAACGUCACCGAGCUGGCGGUGCCAUGCUUCGGCGACACUCUGGUCCAGGCGAACCUGGCCAACAUCCGCGAGCUGAAGAACGGCAUCUCCGAGAUGAACACCGAGCGAAUCGCCAACUUCUCCAUGAUCCUGACCUACGCCUUCGAGCUGCUCGAGGAGUUCCGGGAGAUGCGCCGAGGUGCCUGCUGUAACCAGGCGAUAAUGCUCGUCACCGACGGUGUACCCGACAACUACAAGGAGAUCUUCCAGCGCUACAACUGGGCCAGCAAUCCCGAUAAUCCGGAUCAGGCAGACAUGCCAGUGAGGAUAUUCACUUAUCUCAUCGGUCGAGAAGUGGCCGACGUCAGGGACUCCAGGUGGAUGGCCUGCGCCAAUCGUGGCUACUUCGUGCAUCUGUCCACUCUAGCCGAAGUUCGCGAGCAGGUACUGAACUACAUCGCGGUGAUGGCCAGACCUCUGGUCCUCAACCUGACGGUCCACCCGACCAUCUGGACACCGGUCUACGCGGACAUAGCCGAUCCCAAGAUCACCGACUGGCUCUGGGACAAGAAGGAACGUUACGAUCAGAAGGAGCGAUACUGGAUCUAUCGCAGGAACAAGAAAUUCCAGUACCUCGAGCAGGAGCUAGCCCAGUACGUCAAGCGGAGCAGGAAACACCCUAAUCUAGCUGGUGAAAUGUACAAAUACAGACUGAUGACGUCGGUCAGUAUGCCGGUCUUUGAUCGACGCGAGAACGCGAACAUCACAGAGCAGGUGCUGGUGAAAAACGCCUACUGGGUUACACAGACGAGAGAGACGAGGAUAGCUAAUCUGCUCGGCGUCGCCGGUACCGACAUCCCAGUCGACGACAUCAAGCAGCUGAUGAUGCCCCACGUGCUUGGGGUCCACGGCUACGCUUUUAUCGUUACCAACAACGGCUACAUUCUUACCCAUCCGGACUUGCGACCUGUGUUUCAAGGGAUUUUGAAGCCCGCCUACAAUAGUGUCGAUAUGGCAGAGGUCGAAUUGAUGGAAGGCGACGAGGUUUCCCGGGAAUUCGACGAAUUGCUAUUGAAGUUCCGAGAGACCGUAGUCAAUCAGAGCGCCCACAGCGACGCUCACAUGCUCACCAAGUAUCAUUACGAAAACAUGAAACGCGUCGGUAGAAUGAAGAGGAAAUACGACUCAGCUCCGAUAAAGAAUACACCGUUCACGGUGGUCGUGAGUUUGCCCUUGUUCAAUAAUCAAGUAUCGACCUAUCACGUGCAAACGAAGAAGGACCCACGACGGUUAAACUUAGACGCAGGCAUUCAAGCGGUAAAAUACUUCGAAGGCAAUAACUGGCGAAUUCAUCCGGACUGGUUGUACUGCAAAUCACCCCACAAGAGUGCACACAAAUUACGGAAGAAACAACUCAAACACUCCAUAAACAAACACUACAAGACGUCACUGAGAAACCCGUACCAUUUCGAGAACGCGUACAGUUUCGCGACACCGGAGGAAGAGUUGAGGCACUUUUUGAGAAAGAUCAACCAGCCGCUCUGGAAGUGGGGCACGAUGCCUUCGGAGCAGUCUCGCAACGAGCAGACUCUGUCGGGCAAGAAAACCGAGGAGAACACGGAUUCCCGCUACUGCGACAGAGAUCUCAUACUGAGUUUGGUCUACGACGCGAUAGUGACAAAGAGGUUCGAUGAACCUCUUUCCAGCGACAGUGGAGCUGCUUUAGCUAGGCUGAUGAAUCUUCUGACCAGUGAGGAUUUGUAUCGGCGAUUCGGCCACACCCUGUCCUUCGUGGCGACGCGCAGUGGACUCAUGAGGUGGCGGGACUUCCCGGACGACGAGAAGAAGACACCCAGCGAACCUCCACCCGACCACUUCAGCAAAAUGCAUCCACGCGCCAUCGACGAGAUUUGGUACAAGCGGGCGGUCGAACAGUACUACGUUCAGCCCGAGAGCCUCGUGUUCUCGAUACCGAUCGACGAGGAUGGUGCUACCAACUCUACCCUCGUAACCGUCAGCAGUGCCAUUUUCGUUGGUAACGACGAUUCGAUAAAGGCGCCGGCGGCAGUGGUCGGCUUCCAGAUGACCCACACGGCCCUGCAGGGUUUCUUCCAGAACAACACGUUGCCCUGCGCCAACAACACAAACACAGACUGCUUCCUUGUCGACAAUCACGCCUACAUAAUAGCGGCCAAGGAGGCCUCGAAAGCUGGCCGCUUCCUCGGCGACGUGAACGGCCUCGUUAUGAGCAGCCUCGUCGAGCACAAUGUCUUCGAGAAGAUCACCGUCUUCGACUACCAGGCGGUAUGCUUCAGGGACACCCAGGAGAGCAACGAUGGCAAUAUCUUACUGACGCCUCUGAAGACCGUAGCGAUGGCGGCGUCCUGGCUCUACGGUCAAAUGGCCUUCAGCCUAGCUAAGGCUGGAUUCUGGAGUUACGACUACGCGGAAGCCGUGGCGUACCCCAACGACGACGUGGAGAUCGAACUGGACAAGGUGACGAUAGCCGAGGAACCUCCCAUCGAACCCGAGUCCAUGAACGACAACGUCAACAAACCUGCCGCCGAGAUCAAAGACGACGGCAUCUACGACAACCUGAUUCGAAUCAAAAGGACCAGACCUGAACCCUGCGAUCAAAAGGUCGACCUAUACCUGCUGCGCGGCGUCACGGAAGCGAACGCGGUUCACGACGACCCGAACACAGGAAUAACAGGUUGCGACCACCUCAAGUACAUCGUUCAACCGGUCAACUCGACGAACAUGAUCCUGCUGAUGAUCGACACGCAAGGCUGCCAGAACGUCCUGUUCAAGAUGUCGACGGAUCCGCAGGAACUCGCCUACACCCAGAACAGCUCGCUAGCCUGCCAGAAGACGUCGCAAAACCUGCCGAGACGCAGGCCUCAAACCUGCAUCCGCAACCAUCCGAAGGAGAGCGAGAUCAAGGACCUGUGCGGCCGAGCCGCGACUGGUUCGAGGCUGGACCUAAGGCUAGUCGGGCUCGUUGCCUUGGCCAUCGUCCUCGGCGUCACUGGCCACUGAGGGACGCUUGUUGUUGUGUAAUUUAAUCGAGUGCGAUGAUGAUGAUGCUGCUGCUGUUGUACCUCCAGGACGCCGGCGUCCGUUUACGUGCAAGAUAAAGUGAGAAUUAUCUACUGAUGUGAUGUGUGCGCGAGAAUCUGUUAAGAGUGGUGAGAGCCGAAGUUGACCUUUUAACGAGCCAAAGUCAAACUAUUAUACAUAUUAUACGGUACACACAUACACAUUCGAAGCAACGAACAUAGACGCAUAUAGAAUGACAGUUAAACGAUUUUGUUAUAUCAUAUAUCGGAUAUAUUUUUAUUGGUUUCUCGCAAGAAACUUAUCAAGACUGUCGGAUAUUUCUUUCUGAUAUAUCGUUGUAAGUGAGAGGACGCGAUCAGCGAGUAUAAUUCAAUACAUACGUAUACAGUUAUUAAAUUUACAAAUAUUUGCAUCCAUGUAUACUUGUACACGUAGAUGUAGUGAUUUUUUUUCCUCGUUUCGCUUUCAACUAUACAGCACUCGAUAAUAUUCUGCGACUAAAGGGUGUAGCCUGAACUUCAUCUUGUACGAUACAGUUAUAAGCUCCUAUCACAAGUUUAUUUCUCCUCAAUCGAUCUCGACUGUAUACUUUCGAAUACCCAGAACGAAAAAACAGAGCAAAGGGCACAGCUUAGAGACUGCUCUCUAUAAGCGUUGAUCUUCGUUGUUAAAAACGUAAUGAAAAAAAAAUUAACAUUACAUUGAAAUUACAAUUCGCUAUAUGCACCGCUGUCUCCGGCCAUUGUCAUUGCCAGUGCGACUCGACGCAGUGUUUUCCUGCGGAACUCGAUCCUUAUUUCUUCUUCCCAACGGAAAAAGUAACCACACAUACUACCAUGAAAGAUCGACGAACGAGAGACAAAAGUGAAGCUACACAACAUAUACAUGAAUUGCAGUGUUUUGCUACGUAAGAUCAUUGAAUACCUUUCUACCGAGGAAACGAAUUUAUUAAUAAUAAGUGCGAUCUGCGAUCGAACAAAUGCGAAGGUACAUAUGUGGAGCAGUCGAGGAUGUCUACAAUAGGAGAACAGUCGUAUAUAUAAAAAAAGAGAAAAACCACACUGCUAUUUACUACUAAUUAACUACUACUGUUACAUUCGUACGUUCGCGCUUUGUACAUUAAUCGAAUUAUAAGAUAUGUAAUUUACUAUUUAUAGAGACUAUUAACUAUAAUUGAUUUUUGUAAAUUACUGUAAUAUAUAAAUAAUGAUGAUAUUAUAUAUAUAUAUAUACCAAAGUAUGUAAGAUUGUGUGCCUUUGGUCACGCGGUUAAACCAGAUCUUGUUGUGUAUGUUUUUCAAAUAAAACAUUGAACUCUU